AUGAUAGGUACAGACGAGCAAAUUGCUAAGUGGAAACAUGAAAAAACCAUCGGUAUCAUUGGAUUAGGUGAUAUGGGACUUCUAUAUGCUACUAGGUUUUCCAAAGCUGGUUGGCGGGUUAUUUGCUGCGAUAGACCAGAAUUUUACGAAGAAUUGAAAGAAAAGUAUUCCUCAGAAAGCUUCAAUGUUGUUGAGAAUGGUACACUAGUGUCAAGAGCUAGUGAUUAUAUCAUUUAUUCAGUCGAGGCCGAGAAUAUCGAAAAUAUUGUGAAGAUGUAUGGCGCAGCGUCAAAGGUAGGCUCGAUUGUCGGAGGACAAACCAGUUGCAAGAAUGCGGAAAUCAACGCUUUCGAGAAAUAUUUACCUUCGGACUGUGAGAUUGUAUCUGUACACUCAUUGCAUGGUCCCAAGGUCAAUACAGAAGGACAGCCGUUAGUCCUAAUAAACCAUAGAACUAAAUCUCAGGAAUCAUUUGACUUGGUAGAAUCUUUGAUGUCUUGUUUGAAGAGCCAACAUGUUUAUUUAUCUUACGAGGAACAUGAUAAAAUUACUGCAGAUACCCAAGCAGUAACGCACGCAGCAUUCUUAAGUAUGGGGGUUGCUUGGUAUAAGAUACGAAUCUACCCAUGGACGCUUGGAGUCAAUAAGUGGCAUGGAAGUCUAGAGAAUGUCAAAGUGAAUAUCUCCUUAAGAAUCUAUUCUAAUAAAUGGCAUGUAUAUGCGGGGUUAGCCUUAACAAACCCUGCUGCUCAUAAACAAAUCACACAAUACGCUAAAAGUGCUACCGAGCUUUUUACCCUUUUCGUGGAAGGGAAGAAAGAUGAACUUACUAAAAGACUUCAAGUCGCCAAAGAUUUUGUAUUUGGUAACCACAAUGGCUUGUUACUAUUACACGAUCUAGCUCUUGAUGAUUACUCAUUAUCAAAACAUGAAAAAGGUGAAGAUAACGAAGUGAUACCAAACUCUCAUUUAUCUCUAUUAGCAAUUGUCGAUAGUUGGUACCAAUUGGGAAUUGAUCCCUACGAUCAUAUGAUCUGCAGUACUCCUUUAUUCAGAAUUUUCUUGGGGGUUAGCGAAUACUUAUUCCUAACAGAUGGUUUACUAGAACAGACUAUCGAUGCUGCGAUUAACGUACCAGAGUUCAGAGCGGAUGAUAUGGAAUUCGUCAUAGCUGCAAGGUCGUGGUCUAAUAUCGUCUCUUUUGGUAACUUCGAACUCUAUAAGAGACAAUUUGAAGAGGUACAACAAUUUUUCACUCCAAUGUUUCCAGAAGCAAAUGCUAUUGGCAACGAAAUGAUUAAGACUAUUCUUGAGCAUUCAAAAAGUAAAAAUUUAUGA